AGUUGUCAAUUCAACGUUAAACUACUCUCUCAAGUGCGUCUUUCAUUAAAAAGUCAUUUUAAAUACUUCUUCUCAUACAUCUUUUUGUUUAACCAAAUUAUUUACAGUUUACAAAAUUGUAAAUAUAUAACUGACUAUUUUUGAUAUUGUAAAUAAGUGCUCAAGAAAUUAGUCUUAGUGUCCCUAAUAAAUAACCCGCUGAUUUGCCGCUAAUUGUGAUUAUCAUUCCAAAAAAAAAUAUUAAGUUGUGAUCAAUAUAGACUCAGGAGAUAUGUCGAAUCAACAAUAUUGUGUUAUGCCUUUGUGAAUUACUGGGUCACAAACAUAAAAAGCAUAUAUCGUCAAAUUCAUAAAAUUCCUGAAGGAUUAAUAACGUGUAUACAGCAUGUCAUAAUAUCUUUAGAUUGGAGUUUGUAAACAAUAAAGUGGUGGCAAUGGAAACCAAAAAAAUAUCAUUUGGUUUCAUGAAAACCAAGAAAGCAGAAAAGCCUCAUGUGGAAGAAAAAAAAGAAUUCAUAGAAUGUGUAGAAGAAAAGGCGAUAAAAGUCGUUGGGGGAGAGGUGAUUGAAGAAAAAGCCCCAUUAGUGAUACCCAUGAAGCCAAACACUUUAAUUACAGCUGAGAAAUUAAAGAAAAUAGCAGAAGAAAUGGAGAGUGCAAUUGAUGAACCAGAAAAAGACAAUAAACCCAAGAGUCUAGCAAAGGAAAUACCAGAAAAUGAGACACUAGAUCAAAUGGCUGUUAGAGAACUUCUAGAAGAUGCUAAAAAAGAGACUAAGGUAGAUGGACCUAUAUUAACGGUGCCUUUACCUGCAAUACCUAUUAUGGAUGGUGAAAAAGAAUCAACAUUGGAUGACUAUGAAAGUGUGCCCAUUGCAGAAUUUGGAAUGGCAAUGCUUCGUGGAAUGGGAUGGAAACCAAAUAAAGACCAAUCUAAAUACAAGCAACCUCAACUACGACCAAAAGGCCUAGGUUUAGGAGCUGAUAAAGUAAUAGCUGACAGUCAAAAGAAAAAAUCAUCCAAAGACAAAGAGGAAGAAUUGUCUAUUGUCAAGAAUUCUUAUGUGAAAAUUACCACUGGAAAAAAUAGUGGUUAUUAUGGAAAAGUGGUAAGUUUAGACGAGGACAAUGGUCGCGUUAUGAUCGACAUAACAAUAAAAAAAGAGACUGUCAGUUUGAGUGAAUUUAUGGUUCAACCCGUUACUAAAUCCGAAUUUGAUAAGGAGUCUAAAGUGAUAAAUGCUGAUUCAUUUGAGGAAUACAAGAAAAAUGAGAAACUUGAUAAGUCUUCCAAACACGAUUCGUCUAGAGCAAACGAGAAAGAAGCGUCAUCAAGCAAGAAAUCUAACGAUUUAAAUAAAGAGUACGACAAAAGAGAGAGUAAGAAUAAAGAAGAUUACAGAACGAGGGACUACGAAAAUUCUUCAAAUGGCCGAAGCAGAGAUAGGCAUAGGAGAGACUCAUCAGAUAGUGAAGAGAGGUAUAGACGCCGUAAAAAGAAAGAGAAAAAAUACAGCAGUAGCGAUUCUUUGAACUCUCUGUCCGAUUCGGAAAAACGACGGAGACAUAAAAGCAAAAAUCGUCGCAAGAGCACUGAUUCAGAUUCUUCUCCUGUAAGAGAUAAAAGAAAAAAGACUCCAGAGGGAAAACGAGAUAUUGAUAAGAAACGUAAGGGUAAAAAAAAGAAGAGGGACAGAGAUCGCUCACCAAAUUAUAAAAAAUAUAGGAAGUAAGUACAAGAAAAUAAAUCAUUAUCAUAAAUAAUAA